AUGAAUAAGUCAUCUUGCAAGUAGAAAUUUUAUUACAGGACUAAAGGUUGGGUAAAAUAAAAGUAAGAAAUAAUAAAUGUUCUCAAGAAAAUUUUAGAUCAUGAUUUUAAUAAACCGAAUUAUUCAGAUGAAUAUGAAGAAAGUAUAUAAAGUCUGAUCACAAAAAUAUCUUAUGAUAAAAGGAUAAUAGGAUUUUUUAUUUUAGUUCAUCUGUCUUAGAUUAGAGAUACAUAUAGUGUGGAUCAAUUCUCUUCAUCUAUUAGUUGCAAUGAAAGUUAAUUUGAAAGCACAAUCAUUGAAAAUAUUAAAAUUAAAAACACUUCAUUAAUAGGGGUUAAUUUUGUCAGAUGUGAUGUAAGUGGAUCUGAAUUUACAAUGUCAAUAUUAGUGGAAUAAAUUCGAGUGAAGCCAAAUUAUUUAAUUGUAAAUGGAGGAAUUUAGGUAUAAACGAAAGAAUUAAGUUUAAUGGCUAUUCUAAUAAAUUCAAUUAAGUAUGUUUUUCUCCAGACAGUAAUUCGUUAGCUUCUUACAAUCACAAUAAACCCAUUCUUUUGUGGAAUGUGAAUACAGGAAAAUUUCAUCUUUAUUUUUAGGACGGAGCUAUAUAAAAUAAGUGUGCUUCUCUGCUUAUAGUAUUACAUUAGCUUCUUGCAGCCGCGAAGUUGUGGAUUUUAUGGAACCUUCAAACAGGAAAACAAAUGUAAAAUCAAUAGGACAUUUUUUAUGAUGCAUUAUACUUUGAUUAUCUCCUGACGGCAUCAAAUUAGCAUCAAGAAGUGAAGAUAAUUGUAUCAGUUUAUGGAAUGCUAAUACAGAAAAUAAAAUGCCAACUUAAAUGA